AUGAGUACUCAACAAAAUCAGAAUUCUAAAAAAACGGAAGACAAUAAAGAUAAAACAGCAGCUGGAAAAGAUGAAAUAACAACAAAAGAUAAAAAAUUAGAUAUAACAAGUUUGGAAGAAGAUGAUGAAUUCGAAGAAUUUCCAGUUGAAGAAUGGUCACAAGAUGAUUUGGAUACAGAAGAUAAACGUUUAUGGGAAGAACAUUGGGAUGAUGAUGUAGCGGAAACACCACUUAUUGAACAACUUAAACAAGAACUUAAUAAACAUGGUUUACUUAAAACAACAACAACUGCUAAAUAA